UGCCUGUUCCCAGUGCCUGCUAAGACAAUCGGAGCUUGAUAGAAAGAGGGAGGGAAGAAGAAACAAAGAAACCUGUUUGAAGAGGCAGAGAGAGGAAAUCCCUUCUUUGCUUUUGCCUUCAAUGUUGUAAGCAAGCUUUUAUUUUCAGGUUAGAAGGACUGGGUUGGCUCCCCGCCUCCUUCUCUCCUUUUCCUCAGAGAAAUUAAGCCACUGUCUCCCAGUGGCCACAACUGCUGACACAAUGACGACCUGGAUUGAACCUCUUGUUGCUGGUGCUCAGCUUGCCAGCGCUUUCUACGACACAGGACUGUUGCUGGUGGUGAAGAACUACUACAACCAGACCAAUUCUUCUUCAGCGCAUUCCAGCGAGGAGGCUCAGCAAAAAGCGAUCUCUGACUUUUACAUCAUCUACCAUCUUGUUGAUGGGUUAACCCCACUGUUAUCAGCUUAUGGCCUGGCUCGGCUGGGGGACCGGAUAAAUCGGAAGAUCAGCAUUUGCGUGCCUUUGUCUGGCUACUUACUCUCCCGCUGCCUUCUGCUCCUUUUGAUCUUGUUGGCUUGGCCAAUUGAGGUGAUGUACGGGGCUGCUGUGUUGCACGGCUUGACUGGAGGAUUCACCACGUAUUGGGCCAGCAUAAUGGCCCUGGCCUCCCAGGGUUCAUCUAAGAGCAGAAGAUCCCUGCGUCUCAUCCGCAUUGAGCUCAUCUAUGGCAUUGCUGGUUUUGUGGGAAGCAUUGCUUCGGGACACCUCUUUGUUACCUUCCAUCUCCGUUAUCAGCAUGGCAUAGUGCUAAUUUCCUGUAGUGUUGCCUUAUAUGCCUUGUGUGUCAUCUACGGUCUAUUUGUCCUCCAAGUCCCCAAACCUGGAGUUUGUGACCCAGCCGCUUCCACCCAUGUGGUCCAGCCUGACAACAAUUUGGUUGAUGAUGAGAAUUUACUGUUCCAUAGAUCCGAGAGUUCCUCCCAUCUGGGACCUGCCAAAUCCAUUAUCGCCCUGCUCUUUGUGGGGGCCAUCCUAUAUGACUUGGCUGUAGUUGGAUCAAUUAAUGUGCUGUCACUCUUCUUUCUGAAGAAGCCGCUGAGCUGGGGACCAGAAUAUGUUGGCUAUGCCAAUGCUGCUGGCCAUUUGAUCUUCAUUACUAGCUUCCUAGGAGUCUUUGUGUUUUCCAAGUUUCUAAGAGACACCACCAUGAUCAUGAUCGGGAUUGUGUCCUUCUCAGCUGGCAUCCUUAUUAUGGCCUUUGUGCGAUGGACAUUCCUCUUUUACAUUGCUCGUGCUGUGAUGCUCUUUGCCCUCAUUCCCUUGCCAACCAUCAGAUCUUUGUUAUCCAAACACGUUGAAGCCUCAACCUACGGAAAAGUGUUUGUCCUUCUGCAGCUGUCACUGGUGAUCACUGGAGUUGUGACAUCAACAGCCUAUAAUAAAAUUUACCAACACACCCUGGACUGGUUCAGUGGAUUCUGCUUCCUUCUGUCAUGUGCCAUUGGUUGUCUAAGUCUUAUUCCUAUCAGUUUUGUAGCCUACAAGCAAUGGACACAAUCUGAUUUAGCAGAGAGAUUAGCCAACCGAAAACAACCAUCGACUUCAGAAGCAGAUAUACGGAACAAGUUGGAGCAACCAGACAGACUGACUACAUGAAAGACAGCCUUGUUACUAAUUAUGCCAUUAGGGACAUUUAGUUUAGGAACCAGUUUCCUGUACUCUUUCAUGUACAAAUAGGCUGUUGAAACAGCAUAAGGAAAGCAACUGAAAACCAUGUAUGGAAUAGGAGGCAUGUGGUUUCUGAGUGAUGCUGCUUUGGAACCACAUUUCAUAGCAAUCUCCCUAUUCUACAAUCAGGAUAUGUUUGUUCACCUACCCCCUUUCUAUCUACAAUCCUUCCAGCAAAUAGUCUCCUUAUUCAGGUUUUAAAGCAAAAUAUCCUUCCCUGGGAAUCCUCAGAAACACCCAUUCCCCAUAUUUAGUCUGAUUUUCCCCGUAGUUGGACUAGAUGGCCUACCAACUCACAGGAUCCUUGUUCCUUAAAUCUCAGUGCAAUAUCCAAUUUUGGGGUGAUGGGUUAGAAGGCUAUAAUCAAUGACAUUUGCACUCCAGUGUUUCAGUGCUCCCGGUGGUUACCUCAAAGGCUCAUGUCUUCAAGACAAGACAGUGAAGCUAGAAAGACAAUGAGCAGAUUUCCUAGCUAAGAAAUGAAAUAAAGCAUGAGAUAGACAAUGUAAUACUUAGGGCAGAACCCUCAACACCUGUUUAAUCACACACCAAGAUCCAUACACCGCUGGAUGUUAUUUUGUUAUUUUUAACAUAAUAAUAAAUGAAUGGGAAGUUUGCAUAUUGCAUAACAAAGUGACAAUCUUUAGAAGCACCUUUAGCUAUAAGGCAGCCUCUGGACCUCUUCUAAGUAUUUGCUGAAAAGAAAAAUGGUGAGCAACUGCAAUCCAGCCAUUUGUUUGGACAUGUGCACUCCUACUCAGACAAGAAAAGUUGGAUGAAACAUAGCACGCUGAGGGGGGGUCUAGGAUAACUCGCUGCGGCUAGCUCACCCACAGCCAUCUCGCCACUGCCAAAUCACCAUUGCCAACUAACCACUGCUAAGUUGCUGCUAACUCCACACAGCCAACUCACCAUGGGGACAACUCACUGUGGGCAGCUGGAGAGCCAGGUGGGAGAGGGAGUGCGUAAAUGGGCAGAGCACAGAGCACAUCAAUAUGUUUGGCAGCGAGGCAGUGAUGAGCAGGGACUUUCCAUUUUCACACCCUGCCAUUCCCGCUGCUGCCCCUGCCCACACCUGGAAGUGAAGCUGCUGUUGUUGCCGCUACACCGGACAUCGAGCCCUACACGGUGGCAUUGGUGGCAGCUCCACACCCAGCAUGGGGGCAGCAGCAUCAGCCUGUGAGGUGGGUUGAGCCGAGAGAGAGUGACUGGCCCCAAAUCACCCAGCCAGUUUCUAUGCCUAAAGUGAGAUUAGAACUCCCAGUCUCCUGGCUACUUACUGGGAGCAAGCCUAAAGUCAAAUUCCUGGGAUUUCAGCAUGUCAGACCAUCUCAAUCUAUAUCUAUUUGCUCAGGAGUGAACUUUGCUGAAUACCAUUUGUCUUAUUUCUGAUUAAACCUCCACAGAAGAGCUUGUGGAUUGAUUAAACAGAGAUGUUGAUUUUUAAAGGUAUCAUUUGCCUCUUGCAGGUCUGUGCUAAAAAAUAGUUUUGAGAAAUUUGGGGGUGUUGUUUCACAGAGAAAUCCUUGGGGGGAAGGGCAAGUGAAAAGACUGAUUGCCCACUACUGAUCCCCAUUUACUACUGUGGAAACACACCUUUUCUUCCUUCCAGAUAACAACAGUUCCUUGGCAUUUUUUCCUAUUUUCUUUCUGCUGGAUCCAAUACAAAAGAAAAUCAUCUCUUGGCCCAUAGAAUCGUCAAUAGUUGGACAUGACUGAAUGGAUAUCAUCAUCACAAAAAUAAUAUUUAGAAUUAGACUUUGUUACAUUUAUAUUUUUAAAAAUGUCUAAGACAUCAUUUUGUUGGAGAUGUAAUAAAGAUAAUGUUUCUUUAAAACA